UCCUGCACGGACCAGUCCCCCGGCGGGGUUGCUGUGGAGACCGAGCCAGCUUUGUGGAUGCCGAGGCGCGCUGAGGCCCGGCCUUCUGUUUGUCUGCAGAGGGGAUUCAUAAGACUGACGCCAAGAUGAUGCUUUCAAGGGCCAAACCUGCUGUAGGCAGGGACCUACCGCAUACUGACAAAAGAAAGAAGAAAGGUAGGAAGAUUCCAAAACUAGAGGAGCUACUUUCACAAAGAGAUUUCACUGGAGCUAUUACCCUGUUGGAGUUCAAACGUCAUGUUGGGGAACAAGAAGAGGACACUAAUUUGUGGAUUGGAUACUGUGCUUUUCAUCUGGGUGACUACAAGAGAGCUUUAGAGGAAUAUGAAAAUGCAACGAAAGAGGAAAAUUGCAGUCCUGAAGUCUGGGUGAACCUAGCCUGUACCUACUUUUUUCUUGGAAUGUAUAAACAAGCCGAAGCAGCUGGAUUUAAAGCUCCAAAAAGCCGACUUCAAAACCGCCUCCUCUUCCACUUGGCUCACAAGUUUAAUGAUGAGAAGAAAUUGAUGAACUUUCAUCAGAAUCUUCAGGAUAUCACAGAAGAUCAACUCAGUUUGGCCUCAAUCCACUAUAUGCGAUCUCACUACCAAGAAGCUAUUGAUAUUUAUAAGCGAAUACUGCUAGAUAACAGGGAGUACCUUGCCCUCAAUGUUUAUGUGGCCCUGUGUUACUACAAGCUGGAUUACUAUGAUGUGUCUCAAGAAGUUCUGGCUGUUUAUCUUCAGCAAAUUCCUGAUAGUACCAUCGCACUCAAUCUUAAGGCCUGUAAUCAUUUUCGCCUUUACAAUGGCAAAGCUGCUGAGGCAGAACUCAAAAGCUUGAUGGACAACGCUUCUUCUUCCUUUGAAUUUGCUAAAGAGCUCAUCAGGCACAAUCUGGUUGUUUUCCGAGGAGGUGAAGGGGCUUUGCAGGUUUUGCCUCCCCUGGUUGAUGUCAUUCCUGAAGCUAGGCUAAACUUAGUGAUUUACUACCUUCGUCAAGAUGAUGUACAAGAAGCUUAUAACUUAAUUAAGGAUCUGGAACCUACUACUCCUCAGAACAGAACCAAGUCUGAAGGGGAUACAGGUGAGGCCUCAGGACUCCAAAAGCAAGAAUACCUUACAAAGGAGAAUCAGAGGAUACUUUUUCCUUUUGAGGAGUAUAUCCUCAAAGGAGUGGUCAAUGCAGCCCUUGGCCAGGAAAUGGGUUCGAAGGAUCAUAUGAAAAUUGCCCAGCAGUUCUUCCAGUUGGUGGGAGGAUCAGCUAGUGAAUGUGAUACAAUACCAGGGAGGCAGUGCAUGGCUUCCUGUUUCUUCCUGCUUAAGCAAUUUGAUGAUGUCUUGAUUUACCUCAACUCGUUUAAGAGUUACUUCUAUAAUGAUGACAUCUUUAACUUUAAUUAUGCCCAAGCCAAAGCUGCAACUGGCAAUACCAGCGAGGGUGAAGAGAUUUUCCUUUUAAUCCAAAGUGAGAAGAUGAAAAAUGACUACAUUUACCUCAGUUGGCUAGCUCGGUGCUACAUUAUGAAUAAGAAACCAAGACUAGCCUGGGAACUUUAUCUCAAGAUGGAAACCUCUGGCGAGUCCUUUAGCCUCUUACAGCUCAUUGCUAAUGACUGCUACAAGAUGGGCCAGUUUUACUAUUCAGCCAAAGCAUUUGAUGUCUUAGAGAGGCUGGAUCCCAACCCUGAAUAUUGGGAAGGCAAGAGGGGGGCCUGUGUAGGCAUAUUCCAGAUGAUCUUAGCUGGGAGAGAACCCAAAGAGACCCUUCGAGAAGUGCUCCAUUUACUGAGAAGCACGGGUAACACCCAAGUAGAGUAUAUCAUCCGGAUCAUGAAGAAAUGGGCCAAAGAAAACAGAGUGCCUGUCUAAACUAGCUCUGGAGUCCUAAGGAGCCAGUCACCACGUUGACAUAAAAUUAGAAAUCAUUCUCCUCAAGUUUACGUAAGAUGCGGGGCUCUGUUUUACUGACACUUCCUUCCUUGCUCUUCGAGCCUCAAGAUCAGUGACUGGCUUGCUUAGACCGAGCCUCCUGGCUGAACUAAGAGCCAUAAUUUGUGCUGUGGCUCCUGUAUGAUCCGACGACCAAUAAGACUUUGGACUUGUCUGGUGCCUUUCUUCUAAAACUACUCAGAGUCCUCUUAUGUGAUUUACUGACUUGAAGGAGAAUGGCAUAACUUUUUUUACAUAUUAGCAUUCCAUGGCAUUUUCUCCAAGCUGCAAUAACAAAUGCCUUUAAUGCUCAAAGGUCACCAUCAUUCUGUCAUCUUAAUUUUAGCCAUCUAUGUACAUUAUCCUGUUUUACUGGGAAAUUCCAUAAAAAGUUUAAUAGUGCAGCUCUGAAUCUUGGGAGAGCAGAGGUUAUAAAUAGCUACAUGAUUCUAAGAAUGGCAGUAAGAUCCUUUAUCAGACUGUUCAGUCAUUAAUAGAUAAUAGGCUUAUGGGAUUACUCUUUCAGUAGUUGAAUUCUUGAUGAUAAUAACACAGUUGCAGUGGAGUAACCUGAAUAUUGCAGUUUUUUUAAAGGUAAGUACUAUGAAAAAAAUCUGUGUGGUACAUUUGAAGAUAUUCAAGAAACAGUAUAAAAAUCUCAUCAGGCACUUCCCCACUGUAAUUUAGGUAACAUUACAGGUUAGGUUUUUCUUCAUAUAUCCUGCUGAAUAAACAUCAAGUUUUGAAAGUAGG